AAUGUGUAACCACUUUGUUAAGCCACAGGUGUACAGUGGUGACUUCCUUCCUUGUGUCUCUUGUUAUCUUAAAAUGUAUAAAGUAACCAAUUUAGAUUUCUGGGAGAAGAAUAAAGGCAUCAAGACAGAUCUGGCUCAAGGUGGAUGUGAAUUGGUGAGGGAAUUUAUGUCUAGGAGGGGAAGGCUUAAAGCAGGUGGCAAAAGUACUUUAAGUGACCUAAGAUAUAUUGUCACUCCAUCUGUGUUUUUGUUUUGUUUUGGUUUUUUGUUUUUGUUUUGUUUUGUUUUGUUUUGAAAGAGAGGCCAGUAGGCUCUCCCAGCCCCGGACCUCAAAGGGGCUGGAUCUGAAACAUCAUCAUAUUUCCCGGUAAGUCAAUGUAUUGCCAUCUUCUUUCUGCAUUCAUGCCUGGGCUGAUGAGAUUGUUCAUGUUCCUUAUCUAAAAGCACUCCUUGAUCAUUUUCCAGGCUCCACUUUGGAAGAACUUUGAUUUAUCCUAAGAAGUAGUGUACAGUGGGUGUAGAUUCAUUUCGGAGAAAAUAGAGUAUUCUGGGCAUAUGAUUCUGUCUCAUAUCCCUGAACCUUCCUCCAUGAUAAGAAGUACUAAGUCCUCAAGACUAAACCAUUUUCCUUGUACAUUGUUAACCAAGUACAGUCAAGUUUUGCUUCUAUGACCUCAGUAUAUCCACAGAUACUGGCCAUUUUGUGUUGUUGACACAUAUUUUCUAUACAGAUUUUAAUGCUACUUGUUGGACACAGAAGUCCUGGGAAGAAAACAGGCUUUGGAUUUUGUUUUUUCCCAUUAUUAGUCAUGUGACAUCAAUCAAGUGAACUAAUUUCAAGCACAGAAUCUAGCACGUAAGAUCCUGCAAUAUAAGUUGUUGGAAUAAAUGAAGGGUUUUUUUUUAUUUAAACAAAUUUAAGGUGUUUUUUCCCUUUAGACGCUUCUUGCCUUUAGCUGAAUAAAUACACUUAGAUAUUGCUUUGAGUUUCAAUUUUCUCAUCUCUAAUUUGGAGAUUUAAUAUGCUCUCAUUUGCACCUCUGAUUCAAGUUGAAAUUUUCUAUUCUGUAUUCUUUAGAUGAUUUUUUUCUGAAGUGAGAAUGCAUCUCUUGUUUGGCUUCUGACUCUAAGACAUUAUACUCUGUAGAUAAAUCGCACCUAUCAUCACACAACAGUGUGAGAGUAGGGUAGUGAGCUUAUGCUGACCUUCUCGAAACUCUUAGUCCACACGAGUCCUAAGUUUGCAAUUUUGGCUAACCUGAAAACUGGUGACAAUUAUGAAAAGAUAAUUGUGUGAGUGUGUGCACCAGUCAGUAAUUAACAAUGACCUAAUUAAUCUAAACAUUUUAAUUGCUUGUAUCACAUAUCUGCUAAAAAAAAACCUGAUAAAAUCAAACCAUAUGAUGUCAAGUUUGUAGGGUAGCCAAUAUCAUCAGGCCUAAACACUCACAUUGUGCUUGAUGCUUCUGAUGAUCGGUUCCUUCCCUAUAAAAAGAAGUGUCAAUUUCUCUGCCUCACUUCUGGACCUUUCUAUAUGCCUGCUUCAUUUACCCUUUCAAAUAUGUUUCUCAUUAUUCCUCCACAGAAGCUCCAUGUUUGAAAAGGAGGUACUGCCAAUAUGCUUACUACUAAAUAUUGCUCAACCUGUUCUCCCUUCUGGGAUAUCCCUUCCCCCUCUUGUCUUCCACACCUGCCUCAACUUUUCUAUGUUUACAGAUCCAGCCUGUCUGAAAUUCUUCCAGCACUCUCCCUUGGCUUUUUAUUUCUUAUUAACCUACUCUUUCUGUGACACUUACAACAUUCACUCUGGUCACACAAUGUGUUUACAGUCUGUAUCUAAUUGUUCUGUAUGUAAUAGUUUUACUGUUUCUCUCACUGAAUUGUGAAUUCUUUGAUUACAGACAUGUUAUAUUUUUCCCAGCCUUACUCAGCUUGGAGCAGGAAUGAGCUCAAGUUGGGCUAUCAGUAAUAUCCUAUACAUAUUACAGUAGUCUAGCAAAAACUUAUAUUUCUUCUAUAAAAUUUGUCUUUCAAUAGUGUUAUUUUCUGAAUUGUACUGAACAGUGAGAUAUGGCCCUGGGGUUUGUUCACUGGAAAACACAAGAGGAGUAUGCUUUUGGUCAUUUUCUAGGUUGUGAAGCUAGUCCAUAUAAUAAAACAAAAGAAAAUCUAUUUGGAUCAGAAACAUCUGGAGAGUCUGCCAACUCACUAUAGGUAAACUAAAGCCUUGUUACUCAAAAUGUGGCCCCAUGCCAGGUGCUUCAAUACACUUGCAGCCUAUUAAAAAUGCAGAAUCACAGGCUCUACUCCAGACCUACUAAAAGAAAAUCUUCAUUUUAACAAGAUCCUCAAGUAAUUUAUAUGUCUAUGAAAAAUUUGAAAGACUGAAGUAGUUGAUUCUUCAUUAUUCCCCCAAGGCCAAAAUUUAUGGAUACUAGUUGGUGGGAAAACAGUGUGUAGUAACUUGGGGUGUUAUCGCCCCAACAGCUGCAGUGCAUUGGCAAAGAUCCGAGCUUCAAGUUCUACUGUUUACUUACUGGUUGGAUAACUUUGGCCACAUUCUGUUUUUAACAUUUGAAAAAAAAUAGGAAUAAUGAGAAGAUUAAUUAUUUUUUAUAAAGUAUAAAGUGCUACACAUGUACACACAAAUAUAAGCAUUGUAACUGUUUUCUCAGGUUCACUUAAAUAAAUAAAUUAUGAAGAAUAAGUCUGAAGUCAGAGAAUAAAACAAAUGAAGAGAAAUUAUUGUUCUUCAAAGAUUCUCCAUCAGAUUCGUGCACAGCGGAUCUCUACACUGGUCUUAUAGGAAAAAAUAAAAUAGUAAGAGUGAGCUGUGACUGUGAGUUCAACCAACUGCCUUUGAGCAGAUGUUAAAUUGCUGUGUACGUGAUUCAAUUCACUAUGAUCAAAUGUCUGCCCUAUAAAAAUGCACAAUUUGACUGAUAAGAAUGUGAUGCAAAUAUGCAUAAAAAUAAAAUUUGUUUACAGUUUUAAACAUUUCUGUUAAACACAGAAUCAGAAUUCCACUCCUUGCUGAGUUGUCUUUUGCCCCUCCCAUCACUCUCUCACUGGACCUGAAUAAAAAGGAAGUAGUCAAGUUUAUUGUCUGAAAUAUUCUAGGGCUUUCAGAAAACUCAACUUAGAGUGUCUUUGGCAGUUGGAAGGUUGCUUCUAGGUAGAUAUUCAUGCAUAAGACACUGCAUAGAAACUCCAUGCCUAGUAUUGCAUUCUGUAUCCUAGUAUUGCAUUGUAGGCAUAUCCUAGUAUUGCAUUCUAAGCAUGAAUAUUUUCGAGGAUAACAGCAGAUGACAGAACUUAAAAGAAAACAGUCGAUUUCACCCUAGAGUAAUGUUAUGCAAAAGAUCUGUUACAUUUGUUGCUUGGGAGUGAAAACAUUUUAUUAGCUCUUCCUUUGAUACAUUGAAUUCUGGGACAUGGAUAGGAUAAACAAGACAUUUGUGAAAGAAUUCAUUCUUCUAGGACUCUCUGGUUACCCAAAACUUGAGAUCAUUUUUUUUUCUCUAAUUCUAGUAAUGUAUCUAGUGAUUCUAACUGGCAACGGUGUUCUGAUCAUAGCAAGCAUCUUUGAUUCUCGUCUUCACACCCCCAUGUACUUCUUCCUGGGCAACCUGUCUUUCCUGGAUAUCUGCUAUACAUCCUCCUCUGUUCCCUCAACUUUGGUGAGCUUAAUUUCAAAGAAAAGGAACAUUUCCUUCUCUGGAUGUGCAGUGCAGAUGUUCUUUGGGUUUGCAAUGGGGUCAACAGAGUGUUUCCUCCUUGGCAUGAUGGCUUUUGAUCGCUAUGUAGCCAUCUGUAACCCUCUGAGAUACCCCAUCAUCAUGAGCAAGGUGGUGUAUGUACUGAUGGCUUCUGUGUCAUGGCUCUCUGGUGGAAUCAACUCAAUUGUUCAAACAUCUCUUGCCAUGCAGUUGCCUUUCUGUGGGAAUAAUGUUAUCAACCAUUUCACAUGUGAAAUAUUAGCUGUCCUUAAGCUAGCUUGUGCUGAUAUAACCCUCAGUUAUGUUACCCUAGCAGUUUCAAAUAUGGCAUUCCUGGUUCUUCCACUGAUAGUCAUUUUUUUCUCCUAUAUGUUCAUCCUUUACACCAUCUUGAGAAUGAACUCAGCCACAGGGAGACGCAAAGCCUUUUCCACCUGUUCAGCACAUCUGACUGUGGUGAUCAUAUUUUAUGGUACCAUCUUCUUCAUGUAUGCCAAACCCAAGUCUCAAGACCACCUUCGGAAUGACAAUUUGCAAGCUACAGAGGGGCUUAUUUCCAUGUUUUAUGGGGUAGUGACCCCCAUGCUAAAUCCUAUAAUCUAUAGCUUGAGAAAUAAAGAUGUAAAAGCUGCUGUGAAAUAUUUGCUGAAUUGGAAAACUGUUAACCAAUAAAACCAAAGGGAAAUGUGAGUCUUUAGUGUAUAAAGAAUAGAAAUGGCAUCUUUGGGCAACCAUUGAGGACCUUCUUUGGGAAAGCAAGUUUAUAUAAAGAGAGAUUUUUAUUCUUUGUCUUCACUGGCCAAGUUUAGCUAUGAUUACUAAGAAUAAUAGUCUGCCGUAAACUCAGGUUGUAACAGGGUCUGAUUCGUGUUUCACAAAGACCAUGAAUUCCAUUAGAAUCUCAUCCAUGGUCAUAUCCGAAAUUAGUAUUUCUGGUGUCAUGUGUCGCAAUACAGUGAAAAACAUCACACAUAAGCUUUGGAAAUAGAGAAGCGGGAGUAUAAAUUCUACCCUAUCACAAAGUGCUUAAAUUAAUAUUGGGAAAGUUAUUUAUUCUUUCUAAACUUUAGUUUCCUUAUUUGCAAAAAGGGAGUAAUUAAACACAGUUCCCAGUGUUAUUAUAAAGAUUCAGUAAGUUGCACAAAGCACCUGGCAUAGUGCCAAGUUCAUAGUAGUUCUCUCUGUAGAGGAUGUUGAGCUUGACUUUUCCUGUUGACACAGAAUGUAGGAAUUGAAGACUCCAAAUUGAAGAUAAAAGACACUAGCUAGCACCUCUUAAAAAAACCUUCCAGUUAUUAGGAUCAGCUAUCCCUUUCUUAAGUCUUAUUAACAUCAGUCACCACUUUUCCUUGCCCCUUCUCCCUGCAUAGCUAUGUAAAGAAAACAUCAAGAAAGGGAAAGGUAGAAUCAAAGGAAAUUUUACAUCAUGAAGAACUCAGUGAAUCCUGAGAGGUGUUUCACUGCUGUCCCUGUCAAAGAGUGGGAAGACUGUUCCAGCCCAAGCCAAUUAAAGAGGAUGCUGCAAAAGAGCCUCUUGAGGUUGGGGGUGCCUGCAAAGGAGAGCUAAUGUUUGGCUUGAUGAGUGGAGGCUUGCUGACCUUCUCUCUAGGCGGUAGACUAAGCUGAUGAAUUAGUCUAGAAAUUGCCUGGUGGAUAAUAAGCUCAUUUAUCUUAGGGGUGAAAAUAACCAGAAUUUUUCAGUUUGUGUGAAAUGUUUCUCGGGCUCUGAAAGAGGGCUGAAAUUAGUGUCUGGGAAGAGCAAAUCAUUUCAUUUUAUACUCCAGUGAAUUGAAACUCCUCAGUAAACCUAUUACAGGUUCCCCCCCCCCCUUUCUGUAGACUUUCCUGCCAUGUUGAGCACAGCAGACCAUUGGGCCACAUCACCAGCCAUUGUGACCUCUGGUUUCAGCCUGAUUUUCCUAUCUAAAUUUUCUCUUUCCUAUUGGUUUUAGAGUCAUCAUAUAGCCCAGGCCUCCUAGUUUGGAGCUGUACUCUCUGCCAGUCUAAUCUUGGAGAUAAAUCUUGAUUUUGACCUAGUAAUCUGGUCACUAAAAUCUUGCUGCCUGUCUGUUUCUAGUCGGAGUAUUGUCACUGCCAAUAAACCUCUAAACAGUGGGUGCUGCUUUUGAUUCUAUUUAGACAGGCGUGUACCAGACCCUGUGGGUGAGGCUUUUUAACCUCUGCCCACUCCCACUGGGAUGAGCCCUGUAUUUCAGUCUGAUCCAGGUUUAAUUCUUUUCAGAUUUUGACCUCUGCCAUCAAGGUUUUAGGCACACUGCUGCAUGUACAACGAUGUCCUGCUUCUAGUUGUCCCAGGCAACUCCUUAGCACCUCCUUUUCCACAAUAGGAAGGGUACUAGUGUCUCAUAUGCAUGUUUAUAUUAGAUUGUUUGCUUUACUUACAAAAACUGAUUCUAAUUUACAUUGGUAUGUAUAAAGUUGACACAGUGUUACCUCAGUUUAGAAGUUCUGCUCAUGUUGAUGAAUGCUUAAAGUUAACAGUUUUAAUAUAUCUGCCUGGGGCGCUUGGGUGACUCAGUCGGUUAAGUGACCCUCUCUUGAUUUCACCUCAGGUUAUGAUAUCAGGGUUUCAUUAGUUUGAGCCCCACAUCAGGCUCUGCAUGCUGACCAUGAAUGGAACCUGCUUGGGAUUCUCUCUCCCUCUCUUCCCCCCCCCCCCCACUGACUCUCUCUCUUUCUCUCAAAAUAAAUAAAUAAACUUAAAAAAAA